AUGGACAUCUCCGCCAAUACCGUCAAAGAACGCACAAGACACACCAGUACUUACAAGAGUCCGGUUAUUGAUGUUUCUGGGUUGAUAAGUUUGAGUUCUCAUCUGAAAGGGGAGGUUGUGAGGCUUGAAAAGAUAGCUGAAGCUCUUCAUAUGGGUAUAAAGGAGGUGGAAAGAAAUUGGAAAUCAUCUGGUGCUAUUCUUGAUUUCUAUCUUUGUUUUCUGAUUAGUAAGGUUGAGGAGGCGGCUAAGAAAGAGCGUUGGAUUGAUUUUGGUCGGUUUCUUGCUAUUAUGAUUUACGGCAUUGUAUUGUUUCCAUCAGUGGAGAACUUUGUGAGUUUGUCGGCUAUUUGUGUCUUCAUGAACAAAAACCUCGUGCCAACAUUGCUUGCGGACACCUAUUUUAUAGUCCACUCUAGAAAUUUGAAGGGAGGAUAUGUUGUUGGUUCUUGUCUUCCGUUGUUGUAUCAAUGGUUCAUGUUGCAUUUGCCAAUGAAAGGACCAUUUGUGCUCAGGAAAGGUUCUUUCCAGUGGUUGGACAUGCUUGUUAACCUCACUUCUUAUGACAUUAGGUGGAACUAUUGUGUGGGGGAGGUUUGGAACAUCAGUAGUAGUUGCGGUCAAUAUUCCAAUGUUCCUCUCAUGGGAACCAGAGGUUGUAUUAGUUACAAUCCCACGCUCGCCUACCGCCAAUUGGGAUAUGCAAUGGAAGGGUCUCGGAAAGAUGUAGAAGCAUUUGAAUCAGUGUACUUUGACGAUGGUAAAGAUCCUGUGGAGCUAGAGAAGAUAACGUUUGCUUGGACUAGAGUUCACAAGAGAGAUCAAACUACUCUAAGCAAGAAGGUUCCUAUUGCUAUGGGUCCUUAUAUGGAUUGGGUCAAGGCGCGAGCCAAAGAUUUGUUGUUGCAAUUUGCGAGGUCGGAUCCCUUGUAUGAACAACCUCCGGUCAUCUUGUCUGGUACAGUUGCUGCCGAGCUCUACACUUAA